AAUUUGUUUUUUUUUUAAAUCUUCAACUUUUAUUAUUAGCUAAAGUUAUAAACCGAACUAAACCGACAAGAACCAAACUGAUGGUUAUUUUUUUGUUUGGUUUGAUUUGAUUUUAGAAAUUUAAAAAUUGACUAAGUUUGUUUGAUUAUGAUUUUGAUCAAUAAUCGACUCAAACCGACCCAUGAACACCCCUAUUGACAGUGAUAUAGCCUGUUAACAACAUUCCCAAUAAAAUUCCACAAGUGAAGUAUGUGGAGAGUAAAGUGUAUGAAGAUAUUACCAAUACCUCGCGGAGGUGGAGAGGCUAUGUUCGAAAUACAGUUGAUGGUGAUAUAUCAAAAUGCCCUUAUAUCUAUCCUAAAUUACGAAACUGCCACUAGAUUACACCAUUAAUCAACCACCAUAACAGAACAAACACCAUCACCAAAAAAUGAACUACUCAAUAAUCCUCCUCUUCUCCUUCCAUGUAAUUACAAUCCUAUCCAUGUCCUUUUUCGUCAUUUCACUCCGUACCGGAUUACUCCCCUCCGACCCAUGUACCCACCAACAACCCGACCCGCAAAAACUCCGACCCGAUCAAAUGACCGUACUAAUCAACGGCUACUCCGUUCACCGUCUCCCUCUCCUCCACUCGAUCGCCGCCACUUACGCCGCCGCUUCCUCCGUCUCCGCCGUCAUCAUCCUCUGGUCUAACCCUACAACUCCGCCGUAUCUCCUCACCAAUCUCACCUCCUCCGCCGCUCCGAUCACCGUACUCCGGCAACCUUCAUCAAGCUUAAACCUCCGUUUCUAUCCACAACAAACAAUCACUACACGCGCCGUACUCAUCGCCGACGAUGAUAUCCAACCCGAUCCGGACUCGAUCAACUUCGCGUUCAACGUGUGGAGAUCGAAUCCGGAUCGGGUCAUCGGUCCGUUCGUCAGGGCGCACGGGUACGACCUGACGAAUAAGUCGUGGAUGUACACAAUGGACCACGAUAAGUACUCUAUCGUGCUGACAAAACUUAUGGUUCUUAGUUCUAACUACCUUUAUAAAUACACGUGCAACGCACAGUACACGCAAUUAAAACUCGAGGUAGAAAAAAGGAACAAUUGUGAAGAUAUUUUGAUGAAUUUUGUCGUAGCGAAUGAGGUGAAUAAGGGUCCGAUUUUGGUGGGCACGAAGAAGGGGGUUAGGGAUUGGGGAGAUGCGAGGAACGAAGGCGAAGGAAGGGAGGAGAGGGAAGUAGGGUUAAGUAGUAGGAAAGGGGAACAUAGGAAGAGGAGAGGAGAAUGUAUUGGCGAGUUUCAUCGGUUAAUGGGGAAGAUGCCGUUGAGGUAUGGCUACGGAAAAGUGAUGGAUGAUAUCGGAGAACAAGGGCUUUGUGAGAAAGGUGGUAAGUUGGUGUUUUGUGAUAGACAGAGUUUCAAAUGAUUUUGUAAUUUUUUAAUUUUCAUGUCAAUUUAUAAAUCGAUAAUCUUUUAAAUUUGUAUAAAACAUAGUUUCAUAAUUACUAGAUAUAGCUACAAUCUUAAUUUUACAUCAUAUUGAUGAAUUUUGUCGUAGCGAAUGAGGUGAAUAAGGGUCCAAUUUUGGUGGCGUGAAGGGGGGGGGGGGGGGGGGGGGGGGGGGGGGAGAUGCGAGGAAUGAAGGCGAAGGAAGGGAGGAGAGGGAAGUAGGGUUGAGUAGUAGAAAACCGGAGCAUAGGAAGAGGAGGGGAGAAUGUAUUGGUGAGUUUCAUCGGUUGCUGGGGAAGAUGUCGUUGAGGUAUGGCUACAGAAAAAGUGAUGGAUGAUAUCGGAGAACAAGGGCUUUGUGAGAAAGGUGGUAAGUUGGUGUUUUGUGAUAGACAGAGUUUCAAAUGAUUUUGUAAUUUUUUAAUUUUCAUGUCAAUUUAUAAAUCGAUAAUCUUUUAAAUUUGUAUAAAA